CCUGCUGAAGGUGCUCACACCCUCUCACCUUCCCUCCUCCAGGUUCCAGCAUCACCUGCUCUCCUGCCCACUCCCCCGCUUGCUGUCCCUGCCCAUAGUCAUGCCUCGGGGGCAGAAGAGUAAGCUCCGUGCCCGUGAGAAGCGCCACCAGGCCCGGAGGGAGACCCAGAAUCACGGGGGUGCUCAGGCCACUGCAGCACAGAGAGAAGAGUCGCCCUCGUGCCCCUCUUCUCCUUCUCAGGGUACUCCCCCGAGCUCCCCUGCUGCUGGCACUCGCCAGGAGCCUCAGGGAGCCACAGCCACUAGCUCUCGUGCUGCAGGGGUUUCAGGCCCAGGAUCUGAUGUGCGCGCCAAGGGCCCGGUUCAAGCAAGGAAAAGUUCCUCCCACGCCUCAGCCUCUGGUGAGAGCUUUCAGAGAGAUCCUCUGAUCAAGAAGGUGGGAAUGUUGAUAGAAUUCCUGCUGGAGAAGUAUACAGUGGAAGAGCCCAUUAUAAAGGCAGACUUGCUGAAGCUUGUGAACAAAAGGUACAAGAGGAAGUUCCCUGAGAUCCUCAGGAGAGCUGCUGAGUGCGUUCAGCUGGUCUUUGGUCUUGAGUUGAAGGAAGUCAAGCCGGGUGGUGAUUCCUAUGCCCUUGUCAGCAAGCUACAUGUCAGUGAUGAUGGGCGUCAGAGCAGUGGCGGGCGGUUUCGGAAGAAUGGGCUUCUGAUGCUUGUCCUCGGUGUGAUCUUCUUGAAUGGCGACUGCGCCUCUGAGGAGGAGAUCUGGGAAUUCCUGAAUGGUUUGGGUGUUUAUGUUGGAAGGUGUCACAUAAUCUUUGGGGAGCCCAGGAAGCUUAUCACAGAAGAUCUGGUGCAGGAAAAGUAUCUGGUGUAUCGUCAGGUGUGCGACAGCGAUCUCCCGUGCUAUGAGCUCCUGUGGGGCCGGAGAGCCCACGCUGAAACCAGCAAGAUGAAAGUCCUGGAAUUUAUGGCCAAGGUGGCUGGUACCGUCCCCAGUGCCUUACCAGAUCUCUAUGAGGAGGCUCUGAAAGAUGAGGAAGAGAGAGCCCGAGCCCGAGCCCGAGCCGCAGCCAGGGCUGGUACUCGAGUCAAGGCCAGUGCGCCUUCCAAGGUCAUGUCUAGCAGUUCCUCCCACUCUUAG